CUCGGGAAUCUUCGGCUUCCGCUCGGCUGCUAACGGUCGGGGUGUUCAAAUGUUCGGCUGCGGCUCCUCUGGAGACACAAGUGAAGAAAGAAGCGCGAGCAAAGAGGAAACAGACGACGGGAACCGGCGGACGGAGGGUAGAGGCGGGAUGACGGUGCUGCAGGAACCCGUCCAGGCUGCAGUGUGGCAGGCUCUGAACCACUACGCCUACCUGGACGCUGUUUUCCUUGCCGAGAGACUCUAUGCUGAAGUGCGGUCGGAGGAGGCCCUCUACCUGCUGGCCACAUGUUAUUACCGCUCGGGGAAGCCGUACAAAGCCUACCGGCUGCUGAAGGCUCACAGCUGCUCCACACCACAGGUCCGCUUCCUGCUGGCCAAAUGCUGCGUGGAGCUCAGCAAACUGGCUGAAGGAGAACAGGUUCUGAUUGGCGGGGUGUUGAACAAACAGAAGAGCCAGGAGGACAUUAUCACGGAGUUUGGAGACUCUGCGUCCUUCACACUGUCCUUACUGGGACACAUUUACUGUAAGACCGACCGUGUUGCUAAAGGAGCCGAGUGUUUCCAGAGGAGUCUAACCCUCAACCCGUUCCUCUGGUCGCCUUUCCAGAACCUCUGUCACCUAGGAGAGAAACCAGACCCGGAUCAGGUCUUCAGGUUGUCCUCUAUACAGACCUCGUCUAUAGCCCCGCCCCCGCCAUCUGUAAGCCCCGCCCAGAACCCCUCCCACCGUCUAGACACUGCCCUCAUGGAGACGCCGCAAGACACACUGGAGUUGAAUCGUUUGAAUCUAGAAUCUUCUAACGGGAAGCUGACGUCUGAUUUGUCGGUUUCCUACAUCGACUCCUCCCUCAUCUCCUCGGAGACCGGCUCCCUACUGGGUAACUCCGUUUCCAUGGCGUCAGCCGGCUCCCUGCUGACGAAACAAAACAAGCCCAAAAGUGGGCGGAGCUUAUUAGGAGGACCUGCAGCUCUCAGCCCGCUAACGCCCAGUUUUGGCAUCCUGCCCCUGGAACCCAGCCCAGGAGACCCCACAUAUCUACAGAACUACUCAGCCACUAUGGAAACGCAAACUACAGCUCCUAGCAAGAAGGUACACGCAUGCACUCUGUCUCGGAUCAGUCAGUCCAAGUCCGUCUUCAGUCAGAGUGGAAACAGUCGAGACGUUCUCCUCCCCUUCAACCAAUCACAGACGUCCGCGCCUCACACUCAGUGGCUCCCUCAGGUCCUCAGUCCCAGCAUGUCCGGCCCGCCCAACGUCCAGCCCAGAAGGAGCUCCAGACUGUUCACCAGCGCCAGUUCUACUGCCAAGGAGAACAGCAAGAAGCUGAAGAUGAAGUUCCCCACCAAGAUCCCCAACAGGAAGACCAAGUGCAAAUCAGCCAAGACGUCAAACACCAACCUGAACGAGAGCCUGGACAUCCUGAGGCUGGACCCGGGUCUGACUCCCGGACACCAAGAUCCCCAGUACCAGAGGGCUGCAGCAGACAGCGUGAUGGCGUUGCUACGGGAACUGGGGCGUGGCUAGGCGCUGUGUUCCUACAACUGCCGGGAAGCCAUCAGCAUCCUGAGCUCGCUGCCGCCGCAGCACUACAACACCGGGGUCCUCACGCACAUCGGCAGGGCCUACUUCGAGCUGGCCGAGUACACGCAGGCCGAGCGUCUGUUCAGCGAGGUUCGCAGGAUCGAGUCGUACAGAGUUGAAGGAAUGGAGAUUUACUCCACCACCCUGUGGCACCUGCAGAAGGACGUGGCGCUGUCCGCCCUGUCCAAAGACCUGACGGACAUGGACAAGAACUGUCCCGAGGCCUGGUGUGUGGCGGGAAACUGCUUCAGUCUGCAGCGAGAGCACGACAUCGCCAUCAAGUUCUUCCAGAGGGCCAUCCAGGUGGAUCCGGGCUUCGCGUACGCCUAACUGCUGGGCCACGAGUUCGUCCUGAGGGAGCUGGACCGGGCGCUGGCCUGCUUCAGGAACGCCAUCAGGGUCAACAACAGACACUACAACGCCUGGUAUGGCCUGGGAAUGAUUUACUACAAACAGGAGAAGUUCAACUUGGCAGAGAUCCACUUCAAGAAAGCUCUGAGCAAACCUCAGAGCUCCGUGCUGCUGUGUCACAUCGGAGUGGUUCAACACGCUCUGAAGAAGUCUGAUGCAGCUUUAGAGACUCUGAACCGAGCGAGGAUCGACCCCAAGAACCCGCUGUGCAAAUUCCACCGAGCGUCCAUCCUGUUCGCCAACGACAAGUACAAGGCCGCUCUUCAGGAGCUGGAGGAGUUGAAGCAGAUUGUUCCCAAAGUCUUGGUUUACUUCCUCAUAGGAAAGGUCUAUAAGAAGCUGGGUCAGACUCACUUGCUCUGAUGAACUUCAGCUGGGGCAAUGGAUCUGGACCCCAAAGGAGCCAAUAACCAGAUCAAAGAAGCCAUCGAUAAGCGCUACCUGCCCGAGGACGAAGGUACGCUGUGGAGCGUGUGAUUGGCCGCUGGUCCCGUCCGGUCACUGACUUCCUGUGUGUGUUCAGCGGCGGAGGUGGACGACAGUCAGGACAGCAGCAUCAUGACGGACGCAGACGACACGCAGCUCCACACGGCGGAGAGCGACGACGUCCUCUAACUCUGCCUCCUCCCCGGUCCCCGCCCCCUGCUUCAACCGAGCCCCGCCCCUCAUCCUCUGACCUGGCUGGGGGAGUACUGUGCUAGGCAACAUUUUAACAGAGCGCCUUGGUUUAGCUCCUUCCCCAGUGUUCUACUUCAUCAUCCGAUUGGCUGAAACAGACUGCUGCUGCUCCGAAGCCCCGCCCCCUCCUCAUUUUAUCAUGUCACCAAGCUCAUCUGGCUCCAUAGCUGUUUUUUAUGUUCUUUUUAUCAUCCUGAUGGAAAUAAAUCAAUAAAAACUUGA